CGGCCGUCGUGAAAAUGGGGUGAAAACCAAACAAACGCCUUCAUUUAUUGAACACGUUCAGUAAUAUAAUAAUUACACGUUUGCAACGUACCUUCAAUCAUUUUUUUUUAAACAUAUUUUAAUUAUAAUAGAGACAUUUGAAUAGGUCACUAAUCAAACAAGGGCAUUGGUAUUGAGCAAUGCCCAUAGUGUAGGGUACUCUGCAAUCUACACCGGAAGUUGUUAGCUGCACCGCUAGCUGUACCCUACACACUGGAAUGUUGACUGCUGAAUUGUGAUUAACUGGUAGAUGAGGUCUUCAGUCUGCGAUGGCGGUCGUCUCUUGGAAGGAGGUCCUCCUUCUCUCAGCGCUGGUGGUAGGAUGCUACUGGAACACUCUGUGGUGCGGCUUCGUGUUUGACGAUGUGUCUGCCAUCCUGGACAACAAGGACUUGCGGCCAGCCACCCCUCUCCGAAACCUGUUCCAGAACGACUUCUGGGGCACCCCCAUGGCCGAGGAGCGGAGCCAUAAAUCCUACCGCCCGCUGACAGUGCUCACCUUUCGGCUGAACUACCUGCUGAGCGAGCUGAGCGCUCCCUCCUACCACCUGCUCAACGUGGUGCUGCACGCUGUGGUGUGUGUGCUGUUCCUGCGCGUGUGUCGCACCUUCCUGGACAGGACGUCCAGCCUGGUAGCGGCGCUGCUGUUUGCCGUGCACCCCAUCCACACAGAAGCUGUCGCAGGUGUGGUUGGCAGGGCUGAACUGCUGUCUUCCAUCUUCCUCCUGGCUGCGUUUCUGGCGUACACCAGGUCUACUGGCAGGGACAACUCCAUAGUGUGGACCCCGAUCGGCGUGACGGUCGUCCUGGUGUCUGCGGCGACCCUGUGCAAGGAGCAGGGCAUCACCGUGGUGGGCAUCUGCUGUGUCCACGAGGUCUUCGUCGCCCAGGGGUUCACGUUGCCCAUGCUGGGGGACACCUUCCUCCAGGUGCUUCGGGAUAAAGCCUGCUUCCCCUACACUGUCCUGCAGACUCUCCUCAAGCUCAUGGUCCUCGUGAUCAGCACCCUGCUGCUGGUGAUCGUCCGCGUCCAGGUCAUCCAGUCCCAGCUCCCCGUCUUCACCAGAUUCGAUAACCCGGCGGCAGUCAGCCCGGCGCCCACCAAACAGCUGACGUUCAACUACCUCCUGCCCGUCAACGCGUGGCUCCUCCUCAACCCCUCGGAGCUCUGCUGCGACUGGACCAUGGGCACCAUCCCCCUAGUGGAGUCCUUCCUAGACGCCCGCAACCUGGCCACCCUGGCCUUCUACGGCCUGCUGGGCCUGCUGGCCUAUCACAGCCUGCGCUACAGCCACAGCUCCGCCAAAACAGUCAUCAUGGCUCUCUCCCUGAUCGUGCUGCCCUUCGUGCCCGCGUCCAACCUCUUCUUCCCGGUGGGUUUCGUGGUGGCUGAGCGGGUGCUCUACGUCCCCAGCAUGGGCUUUUGUGUGCUAGUGGCGCACGGCUUCAGGGUGGUCUCGCGCAAAGGACAACUGAAGAAGAUGUCGUGGAUGGUCAUCGGGGUCCUCCUCGCCACACAUGCCGUGAAGACCUUCAACCGGAACUUGGAUUGGGAAUCUGAGUACACGCUGUUCACCUCUGCACUGAAGGUGAACAAGAACAAUGCCAAACUGUGGAACAAUGUUGGGCAUGCACUAGAAAACCAAAACAAUUACGAGAGAGCUCUCCGCUAUUUCCUCCAGGCCACCAGAGUGCAGCCAGAUGACAUCGGUGCCCAUAUGAACGUGGGGAGAACCUACAAGAACCUGAACAUGUCUAAAGAGGCUGAGGAAGCCUACAUGAUCGCCAAAUCCCUGAUGCCACAGGUAAUCCCCGGGAGGAAGUACGCCACCCGGGUGGCCCCCAACCACCUGAACGUCUACAUCAACCUGGCCAACCUGAUCCGGACCAACGAGUCGCGUCUGGAGGAGGCUGACCAGCUCUACCGCCAGGCCAUCAGCAUGAGGCCUGACUUCAAGCAGGCCUACAUCAGCAGAGGGGAGCUCCUGCUGAAGAUGAACAAGCCCUCGGAGGCCCGUGACGCCUACCUACGGGCCCUGGAGCUCGACCGCACCAACCCCGACCUGUGGUACAACCUGGCCAUCGUCAACAUCGAGAUGAAGGAGCCCACCGAGGCCCUCAAGAACUUUGAGCACGCGCUGGAGCUCAACCCGCGCCACAAGCUGGCGCUCUUCAACUCCGCCCUCCUCAUGCAGGAGUCUGGGGAGCCCAAGCUCCGCCCGGAGGCCAACCGGCGCUUCCUGGUGUAUGUGGAGGAGGAGCCCGAGGACGCCAACGGCUACUUCAACCUGGGCAUGCUGGCCAUGGACGCCAGCGAGAACGCCGCGGCCGAACGCUGGAUGCGCCGCGCCAUCUCCCUGCAGACGGGCUUCCGCAGCGCCCUGUUCAACCUGGCGCUGCUCUACUCGCAGUCGGCCCGCGAGCUGGACGCCCUGCCCGUGCUGGACGAGCUGCUCCGCUACCACCCCGAGCACGUCAAAGGGUUGAUCCUCAAGGGGGACAUCCUGAUGAACCACAGGAAGGACACACAGGGCGCCAAGGCCUGCUUCCAGCGCAUCCUGGCCAUGGACCCGGGCAACGUGCAGGGCAAGCACAACCUGUGCGUGGUGUACUUCGAGGAGCGCGACCUGCCGCGCGCCGAGCGCUGCCUGGAGGAGACGCUGGCCAUGGCGCCGCACGAGGAGUACGUGCGCCGCCACCUGAGCAUCGUGCGCGGCAAGAUGGCGGCCAUGAGCGCGGCGGGCCAGCCGCUGAGCGCGGCAGAGGGAGCCGCCGCGCCGUUCCAGGAGGAGAAGGGGGACGGGGGUGGGGGUGGGGGGCCGACGGCGGCGGGGGCGGGGGUGGGGGUGGGGGCGGGGGAGGCCGAAGGAAGGGAGGAAGCGAAGCGCCCGGCCGCCGCCCUGGGAACGGCGGCGGCCGGGGAGAAGAAUGCGCGGAAAUCCCCCGCGCCCCGGCUCAAGGGCGUGGGCCAAUCGGAACAGCGGACUGAAGGGAAGUCCGCCGAGGAGAUAAAAGACAUAGAGACCAAGAGGGCAGCCGCCCUCCAGAGGCUGGAGGAGAUAGAGCGCAUACUGAGCGGGGACUGAUUUAGUGGGGGGGGGGG